CGUUGACAGCACAGACUGCGAAGGUUCGUCUGUGCUGGUCUGUUCUCCUGUUCUCCUUGCUGCUGUGACGGACUGACACACAACGGACAGGUGCAUCACCCCUGCAAUCCUCCACCGUCACCUCGGUGAGAUCCCACCGUGCACUGUGUUUCUGUCGGCGUGGACACGAAGUUCCAGGCAGGGGGGCCAGGGAUCAGUGAACUUCGAGGAGAUCUCCACAAGAUGUUACCUCAGCACCUGAAGCAGAUCAGAGUACUAAUGCUCAACGACAAGGAAAAUUUGGAGAGGUCUCUGUUCAGACUUGAACAAGGUUUUGAGCUGCAGUUCCGCCUGGGUCCGAGUCUUCAGGGUAGGAGUGUUCAUGUGUACACCAACUAUCCAAUCGGAGGACAGCGUUUUGAACGAAAUAAAUUCCAUGUUUUGGAAUGGAACUACCCAACAGGAAGAGAGGAUGACUCAGAUAAAUUCUGCUCUCUAGACCUUAAGACUGCUGGGUCCUAUCAGUACUACUUUGGAUAUGGAGACAAAGAGCAGUCAGGAGGAGGAUACAUUGUGGUUGAUCCUGUUCUUCGAGUUGGAGCAGAGAAUCAAAUCCUGCCAUUGGACUGCAUCACCAUCCAGACCUACUUGUCCAAAUGUCUGGGACACUUAAAUGACUGGACAGAUAGACUCAGAGUUGCCCAUGAGUCAGGAUACACCAUGAUCCACCUCACUCCUCUGCAGACUCUUGGAGAGUCCAGGUCCUGUUACUCUUUAGCCGACCAGCUGACCUUUAGCACUGAGUUCAGCCCAGAAGGUCAGAGGUACACCUGGUCAGAUGUGGGGGCGCUGGUGGAGAAGUUCAGGAGAGAAUGGAACAUGCUCUGUAUUACCGAUGUGGUGUAUAAUCAUACUGCUGCUAACAGUGUUUGGAUCAGAGAGCAUCCUGAGUGUGGUUACAACCUGGUGAACUCUCCACACCUGCGUCCAGCCUGGGUCUUAGACAGAGCUAUCUUUCAUAUAACCACCAGAGUAGCAGAGGGCCGCUACAAGGCUAAAGGCCUCCCUGCUGAUAUUACCAAUGAGAGCCAAGUGAAUGCCAUCCGCAGCGUGCUGUGGGAGGACGUGUAUCCUCAAAUCAAACUGUGGGAGUUCUUCCAGGUCAAAGUGAGCAGUGCUGUGGAGAAGUUCAGAAUCCUUCUGCAGAAUGGCACCAAGCCAGACCAUAGUAAGACUGGAGGGAAGAAGGGCCUCAAGAUCAUCCAGGACCCACAGUACCGUCGUUAUGGUAACACAGUGGACAUGGACUCUGCCCUGGAGACAUUUGUACCUCACAGCUCCUCCCCACAGCACAUUGAGGAGUGCUGUAACUGGCUGACACAGAAGCUGAAUCAGCUGAAUGGAGAGCAGAACCACAUCAUUCAGCAACAUCAGGAGCAGGCCGCCAACUGCAUUGUGGGAAAUGUAGUGUAUGAGCGUCUCGCCGACCAUGGCCCAAAGCUGGGUCCUGUUUGCAGGAAGAACCCUCUGGUGACCAGGUAUUUCACCUUCCCAUAUCAGGACAUGACUCUGGAGCAGGAGCUGCAGCUGCUGGACCAGCCAGACAAGACCUGUCACUUUCUGGCUCACAAUGGUUGGGUGAUGGCGGACGAUCCUCUGCGCAACUUUGCUGAGCCAGGCUCUAACGUGUACCUGCGUCGAGAGCUCGUCUGCUGGGGUGACAGUGUUAAGCUGCGAUAUGGCAAUGGCCCAGAGGACUGUCCGUACCUGUGGGCCCACAUGCAGAAAUACACUGAAAUCACUGCCAAGUAUUUCCAUGGAGUCAGACUGGACAACUGCCACUCAACACCAUUACAUGUAGCUGAGGCGAUGCUAGAUGCAGCCAGAGUGGUCAGACCCAAUCUGUAUGUGAUAGCUGAACUGUUUACAGGAAGCGAGCUCAUUGACAAUGUGUUUGUUAACCGACUGGGAAUUAGCAGCCUUGUACGAGAGGCCAUGUCUGCUGGGGACAGCCACGAGGAGGGACGGCUCGUCUAUCGCUACGGAGGUGAGCCAGUGGGAGCCUUUGUUCAGCCCAGUCUCCGCCCACUCACGCCCUCCAUCGCCCAUGCCAUGUUCCUUGAUGUUACCCAUGACAACGAGUGUCCCAUACAGCUGCGCUCAGCGUUGGACUCUCUGCCCAGUUCUGCUAUGGUCUCAAUGGCCUGCUGUGCUACUGGCUCCACCAGAGGAUAUGAUGAAUUAGUACCACAUCAGAUCUCUGUGGUGAAGGAGGAGCGUUUUUACCCCAAGUGGAACCCCUCUGCCUCCCCCUCCUCCAUUGGUGAGGUUGGAUUUAAGAGCGGUAUCAUAGCUGGGAAAGUGGCUCUCAACAAGCUGCACCAGGAGCUGGCUGCACAGGGAUUCAUGCAGGUGUAUGUAGACCAGGUUGAUGCAGACAUUGUUGCAGUCACUCGUCACUGUCCCAGCACACACCAGUCAGUGGUGGCAGUGUGCAGGACAGCCUUCUGGAACCCCAAAACCCACCAGUACGACGCCAACGUCCCACCCAUGUUCAUACCUGGGAAAAUAGAGGAAGUGGUGCUGGAGGCGAGGACAGUGGAAAGGCAUGCUGGGAGCUAUAAGAAGGAUGACUCCUACAUCAAUGGCAUGCCAGAGUAUACUGUGGAAAUAAAAGAACAUAUACCAUUAGAGGAGAGUGCAGUGGUGAAGCGAGCUGAGGUGACAUCAAAAGGUCGAUCAGAGUUUGUGCAGGAAAUCACCUUUCAGAAGUUGACACCUGGCAGUGUCAUUGCCUUCAGGAUCAGUUUGGACCCCACAGCCCAGAAGAUGGUGGGGUUGCUGAGAUUUUAUCUGUCCCAGUUCAGCCCGAAGUACAGGAGAGGCAGCGUAGCAGAUGAACACCCACCCGAAGCAUUGCAGAAACCUUUGGCACAGCUGAUGUCCAAGGUGACCUUAGCAGACCUGAAUUUCCUGCUGUUUCGCUGUGACUCCGAAGAACAAGAAGAUGGUGGAGGCUGUUACAACAUCCCAGGAUGGGAGACCCUCAAGUAUGCUGGACUACAAGGUCUGAUAUCAGUGUUCGCCGAUAUCCGCCCCAACAACGACCUGGGCCAUCCUGUGUGUGCUAACCUCAGACAGGGAGACUGGCUGAUAGAGUUUGUCUCUAACAGAGUGAUGAAGAGAGAGGGACCCCUGGCACAAGUGGGUCAGUGGUUGGCAGCCAUGUUUAAUUUCCUGAAACACAUCCCACGCUACCUCAUUCCCUCUUACUUUGACGCCAUCCUGGUAUCAACCUAUACCACAGCCCUGGAUGCAACUGACAAACUGAUGUCGAGUUUUGUCCAGAAUGGCUCCAGCUUUGUUCGACACCUGGCGCUGGGAUCGGUUCAGAUGUGUGGAGUUGGACACUUACCCGCCCUCCCUCCUCUUUCUGUGAAAUUAGAGGAUGUUCCCUAUCGCAUCAGUCCAAUCACAGGCCAGAAGGAACAGUGCUGUGUCUCACUGGCUGCAGGUCUUCCUCAUUUCUCUUCUGGGAUUUUCCGUUGCUGGGGCAGAGACACUUUCAUCGCUCUCAGAGGCCUGAUGCUGCUCACUGGGAGACACACUGAGGCUCGUAAUAUCAUCCUGGCCUUUGCGGGGACGUUGCGUCAUGGUUUGAUCCCCAACCUGCUGGGUGAGGGCCGCUGUGCCAGAUUCAACUGUCGUGAUGCUGUGUGGUGGUGGCUGCAGUGUAUCCAGGACUACGCUACCCACGUUCCCAAAGGACAUAAAAUCCUCAGUUGCCCAGUGACACGCAUGUACCCUACUGACGACUGUGAACCCCGCAAACCUGGAGAGGUGGAGCAGCCUCUGUAUGAAAUCGUCCAGGAGGCUCUGCAGCGCCACCUAGAGGGGAUUUCUUUCAGAGAGAGAAAUGCUGGACCUAAGAUAGACAUGCACAUGAGAGAUGAAGGCUUCAGCGUUGUUGCAAAGGUGGAUCCAGCCACAGGCUUUGUCACUGGAGGAAACCGCUUCAACUGCGGCACAUGGAUGGACAAAAUGGGAGAGAGUGAGAGAGCGAGGAACAAAGGCAUGCCUGCUACUCCAAGAGAUGGAGCAGCAGUGGAGAUAGUUGGUCUCAGUAAGUCAGCUGUUCGCUGGGUCGUGGAGCUCCAUGCUAAAGGACUGUUCCCUUAUGAUGGAGCCAAAGUACAUAGAGAUGGUAAGGAGUUGUUCAUCUCGUACUCCCAGUGGAACCAGCAGCUCCAACAGUCCUUUGAAGCAGGUUUCUGGGUGUCUGGGGAACCUAUGGACCCCAACGAGAAACACCCUGACCUGGUGCAUAAAAAGGGCAUCUACAAAGACAGCUACGGGGCCUCCAGCCCCUGGUGUGACUAUCAGCUGAGACCCAACUUCACCAUCGCCAUGGUGGUGGCUCCGGAGCUGUUCACAGUGGAGAAAGCCUGGAAGGCUCUGGAGGUGGCUGAGAACAAACUCCUGGGACCACUGGGAAUGAAGACUCUUGACCCAGAUGACAUGGUGUACUGUGGCAUCUAUGACAAUGCUCUGGACAAUGACAACUACAACGUUGCAAAAGGUUUCAACUACCACCAAGGCCCGGAGUGGCUGUGGCCAGUAGGCUAUUUCCUACGUGCCAAACUCUACUUUGCCAAGAAGCUGGGAAAAGAAACUUAUUCUAAAACAUUGACCCUGGUGAAGAAUGUGCUGUCUCGACAUUACACCCACCUGGAGAAGUCUCCAUGGAAGGGUCUGCCAGAACUAACCAAUGAGAACGGACAGUACUGCCCGUUCAGCUGUGAGACCCAGGCCUGGUCUCUGGCCACUGUGCUGGAGGUCCUCUUUGACCUCUAAACGACCUCUUCAUGGCCAUCAUGUCACAGCAGAGGUCACUGCAACACAACUGUAUGACCUCUGACAUCACUUCCUGUGAUCAGAGUGGUUACAUUUAUGUACAGUGGGGAAAAAACCUGUUUUAAAUAUGACAGAAUACUUGGUUUGAAAACUUCAACAUCUUUGACUUUUGUCUGAGUUAAUGCUUGUAACUUAACAAUCAGGCUGAAGCUCCAGUGAGUAGUUGUUAGGUAGGUGGCUCCAAUGUUGCACUCAGAGCUUAGUUUUGUGGUAUUUUCAGUUCGAUUUUAAAACCUGAACUAAACUGUUUGUCCAUUUAGAAAACUCUUAUUUAGCAGCUUCCACAUACAUGCAGCAUAUUUAUAGGUCGGGCCAGUGUUUUGAAACAAGUAGCAAGUGUUAAUACUCAAAAAAGGUACUUUGGUCACACUGCUGCUCCGUAUUAAUACCAAGGCUAAAUACCUGGUGAGUUUCUUGUCACAGUCUCGACCUGGUAACAGAAACGGAAUGUGUAAUCUAUUCGUUCUGUCCAAAAAUGGUUGAGAACUCUGCAUUUACUGAUCUGGCGUUCUACGGUUCACCUACUCAAAAAGUGAGAAAUCCCAUCACCUGCUGCUAAUGAACCACAAGCUGAACUGGAGAGUCUGUCAGAGUGAUCGUCUCUAUGACUCUGACACGUGUCACACUGUAGCAUCGCCUCUGAACCAGAGCUCAGCUCAUGUAUCUCUCACUUGACCCACUUCAGGAUGUUUAUUCAUUCUGCAUUUUACGAGUGGGAUUAUUGAGUGCGAUAUCUGCCUUACUCUUCUUGAACUGAACUGAUCUCAGCUCAGUCGUGAUGGGAUAGUAUUUAUUAUGCAUCAAAGCACUUUGACUCUACAGCCAGAAGUGUAACAAAGAGAACAUCCUGUUUAUUGUACGUGAGCAGGUUCUCUGUUCUGUAGAUAGGGAGAUCACCCGUCACCUGUCGUCAUGUUCCCUCUGUCUGAACUCCCUAAGGUGACUGAUCACAAGCUUAUUCACUAGGUUGAUUAAACCUGUACUUUAAAUCUCCACCUCCACCUGAUGCCUUUAUGCUCAUGUAGUAAUGAUCCCACACAGAAGGUCUUCCAGCUGUUUCCCAUUUCACCUGCGCUGUGUUCAUCAAUCCUCUGUGUAUUCACGUGAAAAACUGCUCUGUGCAUGACUGUUGUUUUUGGAAACUGUGUGUAACCAUGCUAAUUCUCACGAUGUUGUCUUAUAGCUGCAGAUGUAACUCAUGUUGAAUUGUUAGUGACAAAAAUCAUCAGCAUUUCUCUCUGUGAGUGGGUUUGUGUUGAGACACCAGAGGAUAUACACAACACAAACUGUUACAGCUGUUGUGUAAGUGGUUUAAAGGCCUGCUGAGAAACGAGACUGUGUGUAUCUACACUAACAUUUGUGUAGUGUUUAAACUGCUCUGUCUCUAACCUGUGUGUUUUAAAAUCCUGACUCGGUCACAACACA